ACUAACCGUCAAGAGGCACCGGCACGUUUAAAAAAACGCCGAUUAAAACAGCGCAGUGGUAGCUAUUUGCUCUCCCUCUUUUUGGUAAAGAAGACACUGGAAUUUUUCUCAUGGCUUACGUCGAGCGAGGUGUUGUGAAAUCAAAGCGGUCAAUAUGGCGACUGAGAACAAUCACUGAUUUUUUCUGGGCAAUUAUCAAUUUCAUAGGAGUGUUUUUUUCAACCAUGUUCUCGAUGGAAAAGUCGGAUGCCUACAGAAAAAGCUCUGGUUCAAGCAAGAAAUGGGAUGGUGGUCCAGGAGGACCUGGAAGUGGACCAUAUGGUGGUGGUGGCCCACGCCGACCACCAUGCGGACUAGACAAUGUUCGAGGAAUUGAUCAUAGUUCCCUUCCAGCCUGCGGCUCUUGCUGUGGUGGCUAGUUGUGGAAAUUUACUAUGCAUACACUGUCGUAUCUAAAGUCCUUUUAUGUUGUGUAAGAAUUUCCUCAGUUGUUAAUGUCAAUAGAUUGCCUUUGAAACAUAGAGAUUCAAACCUCAAUAAACCAACGAUGCUUUUGUGUACUCUCAAACAUUUAUCCUUGAUGAUCUUUGAGCAAUAUAUGUUGCUAAAGGUUGGGCUGA